AUUCGCGAGUCCACGCUCCUCGCCCGGUGCCUCGACCGCCGCUCAGUACCCACCCGCCAUGCCGGCGCUGAUACGGUGUCUGGCGGGGCGGUCCUGUCGGGUGCGGGCGGUCAGUGCCCUCUGGCCGGUGGUGGUGAAAGGGUCGUCCAGUGCUCCUCUGUCGCCGUCACUGCGGUGCCCCGACCCCGGACUGCCGUACCGCUGCCGUGCACUACAGACAUCAGCCCGUUCCACCACCGCCGCCACCAUGCACGUGCCGUCGCCGGUCAGCCUGCAGGAGCCGAUGGUGGUGCCGCUGAAGACGCUGAUGGGCCCCGGCCCGUCCAACGCGCACCCGCGCGUCCUGGAGGCGCAGAGCCAGCCGCUGCUUGGCCACCUGCACGCUGAGUUCUGCAAGAUAAUGGACGACUGCAAGGACGGGAUCCGCUAUAUGUUCCAGACGGAGAACCGCGUCACCCUGGCGCUCUCCAGUACCGGUCACGGCGGCAUGGAGUGCGUCAUGGCCAACCUGCUGGAGCGGGACGACGUCAUUCUGAUCGCCCAUAAUGGCGUCUGGGGCGAGCGCAGCUCCGACAUGGCGCGGCGGCAGGGCGCCGUGGUGCACCAGAUCAAGGAGCCGGCCGGCUCGGGGUUCUACCUGCAGGAGCUGCGCGCCGCCCUGGACGUGUACAAGCCCAAGGUGCUGUUUGUGACGCACGGAGAGUCCUCCACCGGGGUGCUGCAGAACCUCAACGGAAUCGGAGACGUCUGCAAGGCCCACGACUGUCUGUUUGUGGUGGACACGGUGGCCUCGCUGGGCGGAGUGCCGUUCUACGCCGACCAGUGGGGCGUGGAUGUGGUCUACACGGGCUCACAGAAGGUGCUCAGCGCUCCGCCCGGCACUGCGCCCAUCUCACUCAGCGAGAACGCCUGGCAGAAGAUUAUCAACCGUAAGACGCCGAUCAGCUCAUUCUACUUUGAUCUGACCAUGCUGGCCAACUACUGGGGAUGCGACGAAGGACCACGCAAAUACCACCACACGGGGCCCAUCUCCAGCAUCUACGCGCUGCGCGAGGCUCUGGCUAUCGCCUGCACCGAGGGCCUAGAGUCGCUCUGGGAGCGUCACCAGCGCUGCGCCCAGCGACUGUACGCUGGUCUAGCCGAGAUGGGACUGAAGCUGUUCGUGGAGAACGAGACGUUCCGCCUGCCGACGGUGACCACGGUCAAAGUACCCGAGGGAGUCGACUGGAAGGCGGUCUCCGCCUACUGCAUGACCAAGCACAAGCUGGAGAUCUCUGGCGGCCUGGGUCCGUCUGCCGGCCUUGUCUGGAGGAUCGGCCUGAUGGGCGCCAACGCCACCGACGAGAAAGUCGACUUUGUGCUCGAGUGUCUCCGAGAGGCGCUGGCAGACGUCAAAAAGACCGUUGACUCGCUUACAUUGUAGGCGAGAAAUAGUCGGGCAAGCUGAGGCUAAAAAGGGGACAGGUAUCACUUUUGGUGAAGAGUCACAAACAAAAUUGCAAAGUCAGCUAUCUGCUGCUACUAACGGACAGAGACGCUGACCAAUCCGCUCCGAGAAUAACGGAGACGACUGAGAACCGACCGACCAGUAGAAAUUGGCACCCGGUGCCUCCAUUCCCCUAACGCCGUUGGCCGCCUAUGGGCGCUAUAAGGGGAUUUCCAGUCCCCUGGGCUCAGGACCAGGUUCAGGCCUAGUUCGGCACCCCAGCCAGGAAAGUGGCGUGAAUAACGACCUCACCGGUGGGGCGGACUGAUUAGGAUGGUGGUCUUACGAACGGAGGAACCAAUGCCGGGACCACAGGAUGUAAAUGCAAUGAAACCCUUGCCAGGAGUAGCGUGAGCUGAGCUGAGUGCGAAUGCAACGUAACUAUACAACUUUUGCAUAUUGUUGGAUGUUUUUACUGCAUGUUGCAUAUUUUGAUACCUUUACAAUUAUGGCAUUGUUACGGUUCCAGGUGCCUGUUAUAGCGUUGAAUCAUUGUUGAAAUUGCAUAAUGGCAUAUACUAUUACGCAAUACGCAUUCCACACACUGUUACUAUUAUGCACAUGAAGUAUUACGCAGGUGGUGCCUGAAAGAAGAAAAAAGCUUCCAUUCGCGGUAGACAGCGUGCAUUCCGACUUGGUGCGCCUAACUGCCAGUGUCUUAGAACGGCGUUUGUGUCGAAUGUUAGAUAUAUCGUAGCUACAGUUGAUAACCUGUCAUAAUUGCAGACAGACGGACCGAUGACUCUGGUGAGAAAAUAUUUUUAUACUGGGAAUGCAUUUAUCAUGCUGCGGUUGGCGACUUAGCACUGUGAAUGCCAGUGACGACCGACCCGACUUGUUUGUUCAAACGAGACCCGUACGAAUUUUGAAAUACAUAUAACAUAUAAAUCCUUUA